AAGAGAUGCAUCGGCGAACAUAAACGUCUGCCUCUCGUGCCAUUUUCAGAUCUCUCUCUCUCUCUUUCUCUCGGCGAGAUUCUUGUUGUGUGAUAAUGGGUGCGGAGGUCAACGGCUCGCCCGCGGCGUUCAACUUCCUAAUCUACGGCCGGACAGGUUGGAUCGGCGGUCUGCUCGGUAAGAUCUGCGAAUCUCAGGGUAUUCCGUACACUUACGGCUCCGGUCGGCUCGAGGACCGUCGCUCACUCCUCGCCGACAUUGAGGCCGUGAAGCCGAGCCACGUCUUCAACGCUGCCGGAGUUACAGGAAGACCGAACGUUGAUUGGUGCGAGUCCCACAAGGUCGAGACCAUCCGUACGAAUGUUGUCGGAACCCUAACGCUCGCCGAUGUGUGCAAGGAACAGGGAUUGGUUUUGAUCAAUUACGCCACGGGCUGUAUUUUCGAGUACGAUUCGGGUCAUCCUCUCGGGUCGGGUGUCGGGUUCAAGGAGGAGGAUACUCCCAAUUUCACCGGGUCGUUCUACUCUAAGACCAAGGCCAUGGUGGAGGAACUGCUCAAGAACUACGAAAACGUAUGCACACUCCGUGUCCGGAUGCCCAUCUCAUCCGAUCUCUCCAAUCCACGGAACUUCAUAACCAAGAUUACUCGAUACAGCAAAGUAGUCGACAUCCCCAACUCCAUGACAAUCCUCGACGAGCUUCUCCCAAUCUCCAUCGAGAUGGCAAAGCGGAACUUAACCGGGAUCUGGAAUUUCACCAACCCGGGAGUCGUGAGCCACAACGAGAUCCUCGAGAUGUACAGGGAGUACAUUGAUCCGAACUUCACCUGGAAGAAUUUCACUUUGGAAGAGCAGGCUAAGGUUAUCGUUGCCCCGAGGAGUAACAACGAGCUCGACGCCAAGAAACUGAGCGCCGAGUUCCCGGAGAUGAUGUCCAUUAAGGAGUCCCUCGUCAAGUUUGUGUUCGAGCCGAACAAGAAGACACAGGUUAAAGCUUGAGAUGGAAAGCCACGGUCGGUCCAGAAACUGAAACUGAAACUGAAACAGAGAGAGUUGGGAUAAAGAAAUUGAAUGAACUUUUAGGGUUUAUUAUGUGAUGGAAUUGAAGUGUUCUGAUUUUUUGUAUUUUGCCGAUGUUGUAUUGUUAUAAACUUUGAUUACAAAUAAAAAGCCGCAGGUCCUCUUUCAUUAUUA